AUGGAUACGAACAUUUUAAAAACACCAACAACAAAAUUGACGAGAUUGCCUACUCCGGUUCCGGACCCCGGGGCUGAAGGGGCGGAGGCCGAAGGGAGCAAUCCUGACGACGGAAAGAUGGUAGGAGGAGAGAGAGUUGGAGAAGUUGGGGGCGCACAGCCCCGUGAAGUUACAGUAGGUGACGUCGAAUUUGCGGUUCCGACUUCUGUCGUUGAGCCCGAAACGAGCGGCGUAAACACGAGGCGCCGUAGCGAACGGCUCUGGGCUAGAAGCAGAACGUCCUCGGUGAGGUCACGGUCUCAUCCAUCCAGUGACUCGGAAUGCGGAACAGACACCGGCCCGUCUUCAAAGACAGGCAAAGCACGGCGUGACCUAAACACGCAAAGACGGCAAGCUCAGCGGAUGCAGCUGGACGAAGAAGUGGAGGAGCGGGUCCAAGAGUACCUCAAAACCUCAGUGGACCACAGCAUACCGACGUUAGAGCUGAAAGAACCGAGGGUAAUCCUUCGACAGGAUCUUACACACUGUGGCAAGAUCGUGAAACUGAUUGUCCGCAAAUCCGGCAACCUGAAGGGCACGAGACAAAGAGCCUUGAACUCUGUAGUUGAGACGAUUACCAAGUAUGUCAAUCAACCACGAGCGACGGUACUAUCUCGACUUGAGGAAGAGACGAAGGCGCUAAGGGACCACAGCGCGCGUCUCGAGACGGCAAUGAGUCGGAUGACGGACGAGAACGCCUCCCUCCGACGGCGUAUUGAGGAGUUAGAGAAGGCUCUGCCAGACUCGAGUCAACCCUCAUGGGUCCGGCUCAACGACCCCCCUUGGCCCAUGAAACCAAAAGCUGCGCAAGCGGAGCUCCCAGUUCAAGGAGGAUUCAUUGGUGGGCAACCUCAGUCCACCACAAGCAAGGGCAAGGGUAAAGCAAAGGGCAGUAGAGCCUCCCAACCUGCUCCACCUGUGCUGACACCUGCCAACGACCCGUCGAGCGUUGUAGUUGCUGGGCCACCUGGCGUAAAAGCUGCCAAACAAGUCGUGGCCAAAAAGGGGACCCAAGGCGAGAAGCGCGCCGCCUCGGCGCGCGCACCACAGAACGCCAAAGCUCCGCCGAAGACCAAGGGGAGGGGAAAGAACAAAGCCUCCUCCUCCCCUGCGGAGCAAACUCCCCACGAACCCCGCCCACUACCACCGGCCCCCGAGUCUAUGGACACGGCCUGGACCGAAGUGGUGCGCAGAAAGAAGAAGGCCAAGUCCGGUGCAGGAAAACCCGCAGCAUCGCGACAGUCGACAAAGCGCCCUGAACCGAAACUCCGGCCGCCGAAGUCAGCCGCGGUUGUCAUUUCACUGACACCGGCAGCCGUUGAGAAGGGACUGACAUACGCAGGUGUUCUUACGGACGCCCAGCGGCGAGUAGACCUGUCUGGUCUGCAAAUAGAUAGACUCAGGCCUAAAUAUGCAGCCACGGGUGCCAUGCUAUACGAGGUGCCCGGGGCUGAGUCCGAGCAGAAGGCCGAUUCACUCGCCGCGCGGCUGAGGGAAUGUUUUGGGGACUCGGGGGAUAUCGUUGUCUCACGGCCCACCAAAUGUUCGGAGCUGCGAAUCUCGGGUUGGACUUUUGCGGCCACCUCCGAGACAGUAAAGGCGGCCUUAUGCAGUACUGGCGGGUGUGCUGCGGAGGCGGUAAAAGUAGGGGAAGUCCGCCAAGAUAGAUCUGGCAUGGGUGCCGUCUGGGCCAAGGUGCCCACCAAAGCGGCCCAAAAGAUAAAGGCGGGUCGUCUAAAAAUAGGCUGGGUCGUGGCGCGAGGAACCGUCCUCGAGGCGCGGCCUAUGCGCUGUUACCGCUGCCUCGAGACGGGGCACGUGCGAGGAAGCUGCGACGGUUCUGCAGAUCGUAGCGAGUUAUGCUACCGCUGCGGCAAGCCGGGCCACAAAGCCCGGCAAUGCGGAGACAAGCCAAACUGCGCUUUAUGUGCCGCAGCUGGUAAGCCCGCCGAACACCAAAUUGGGGGGAAGAAGUGUGCUGCCUCCUCCCAGAAAACCCGGCGUCGCCCGCGCAGAAGACCGGCUGCUGCAGCUGAGGUUCCGUCCCAGCCGCAGGCAGCGAGCCCACCGCAACCAGUGGUGGCCGAGAUGGAAGUAGAGGAAAUCGCCCAUCAAUAA